AUGGGGAAUGGACCGGAAGUGACGUCGCAGCGUGCCCGCUACCUUGCGCAGUGUCGCGAGAGCAGCUUCCGGCGGCGGCGAUGGCCACGGCCAUGGAGAAGGAGGCGGCGGCGGCGGCGGCGGAGCCGGGCGAGCGGUGGGCGCCGGUGCGCCGUGGCCGAGGCCGGGGCCGGGGCGGAGGUCGAGGCGGACGAGCCGGGCUCCCCGCGGUCGCUGCGGGCGGAGCGGCGGCGCCUCCACUCGGCGCUCCUGGCGCUGGCCUCGCACUUCGCCCAGGUCCAGUUCCGCCUCCGCCAAGUGGCGCGCGCCGGCCCAGCCCAGCAGCAGCGGCUCCUGCGGGAGCUCGAAGAGUUUGCUUUCCGCGGCUGCCCCGGGUCUGGCUUCGGCGGCGAGCGCGAGAGUGAGCAUGAGAAGCAGGGACAGCUAGAAGCUCAGAAAGAGAAGCAGCGAGAGCUCAUCUUGGAGCUGAAGGCCCAACUGGAUGACUUGGAAACAUUUGCCUACCAGGAAGGCAGCUAUGAUGCGUUGCCCCAGUCCAUGGUCAUGGAAAGACAGCAGGUGAUCAUAGAGGAGCUGAUCAAGAAGUUAGACAUGAACUUGAGUGAGGACAUCGCCUCGCUGUCCCCAGAAGAGCUACGUCAGCAGGUGGAUGUUGCUGUGGCGCAAAUUGUCAACCCAGCGCGUGUGAAAGAGCAGCUCGUCGAGCAGCUGAAAACCCAGAUCCGGGACCUUGAAAUGUUUAUCAAUUUCAUCCAAGAAGAAGGCAGCAGCCCAGGCAAACCCGCAGGUCCGCAUUGCGAGUGCUCCGUUGGGAAGGCUGGAAAAGACACCUGCAAGCCAGGCACUCAGGAGCCUGGCAGGAACAACAAAGUGAGCCCUGAAGACGCUCAGAGGAUGCGAGAGACAGGACUGCAUCUUAUGCGACGCAUGCUUGCUGUACUGCAGAUCUUUGCUGUGAGCCAGUUUGGCUGUGCGGCUGGGCAGAUCCCUCGCCAUCUGUGGCAGAAGCACAAAGCGGAUAUGGAAUAUGCACCUUUGGUGAAGAAGCUGGAAAUGGCUGUGGCCUGUGUGAGACAGCUGGCCCAGAAGUCCCAACUCGGAGAGCAUGGCAUCAGCUUCUCAGGGGUGCAGAACUUGUGCAAGUGGGAUGACCUGACACUUGCUGUGCGCAAGGAGCUGACGAUUGCUGUGCGUGACCUGCUGGCCCAUGGCCUCUACGCCCCGUCCCCUGGGAUGAGCCUGGUCCUGGCCCCCAUCGCCUGUCUUCUGCCAGUGCUGAACUCCUCCCCUCAGCCCAUGCAUCCCUGGGAGCUCUUUGUGAAGUAUUACCAGUCCAAGAACGGCCGUGCCUUUGUGGAGUCCCCAGCUCGUAAACUCUCCCAGUCCUUUGCUCUCCCCGUAAUGCAUGGGGGCCCCGUCACCCCAAAGCAGAGCCUCCUGUCGGCCAUCCACACGGUCUUGUCAGAGCAUGACCCAUUCAAGCGCAGUGCAGACUCGGAGCUGAAGGCCCUUGUGUGCUUGGCACUCAACGAGCAGCGCCUAGUUUCCUGGCUCAAUCUCCUCUGCAAGUCCGGGGCCCUGAUCCAGGCUCACUACCAACCUUGGAGCUACAUGGCCCAGACAGGCUUCGAAGGAGCCCUCAACCUCCUCAGCCGCCUCAGCAACCUGCGCUUCAGUCUCCCCGUGGACUUGGCAGUGCGGCAGCUGAAGAACAUCAAGGACGCUUUCUGAGUGGCUGAAGCCCCUCCUCAGCCCUGGCCAGGGCAGGCCCAGGAAGGUCACCUCUGUGCACUCGUGUGUGUUAACAGUGACUGCCUCCGUUGCAUUUGCCAUUCAGAACUGGCUGAUAACUGUGGGGAGGAACUGCCCUAGUGCCAUGGGGAAGAGGAUGGUGGGCGGUAUUGUUGUCUGCUGGUUGCCCUCUGUAGUAUUAGUGAGACUUAGCUGCAGAGAGAUGGUGUUUUAAGAAUGGUUCUUUCUGCCCUCAAUCUCAUGGAGUCAGCUUGGACAAUAUAUAUUCCUGAGAGAAGGCAGCUUCCUUCUGCACCAUUGGUAUUAAAAACUUCACUUCCUGGAGGUUUCUUCCUGUUCCAACAGCCUCGAACUAUUGGACUCUCGUGUUGCAGAUCCUGGGAGAGGAGUGGAGCUUUGCCAGACAAACUGUCAGUUUUAAUGUGUCUGCUUGAGGCUAGUGCUUACAGAUGGCAAAGAAUUAGCUGGGCGGGCAGGGCGUGCGGGUUUUACAGCUGAAUUAGAUCCAGCAUCACAGUGUAGUGAAAAGGGAGGGUCAGAUGAGAUGAGAAAAAUAGGUAGAGAAGGGGAUGCCUUCAGGUAGAGCUUCGGGGUCUAGUGAGACAAGCAUGUGGGUCUGAGAGGUGUACAGCUUUGUCCCUGUUGCAGAAAAGCAGUCCAAAUAGCAUUUUAUCAUAACUACUACCUCCUGAACAGUCUCUUUGUGGGUGAUUGGAUGCCUUUAGUAUUAGUAUGUAUGAUAUGCUGUUGGAGGAUAGGAGCUACGUUACUGUGAACCAGGAUUUUACUUCUGCUCAUCCUUGUAUCAUCUUCUGUGGAAGUAGUUCAGCUGGUCAGGUCUGCCCUUUGAGUGAAAUUUCAUCUUCUGCAGACCAUACAGGGGGAUGGUACCAUUAAAAAAAAAAAAAACCUCCCAAAUGCUGCAUGUUUCCUCUGUAUGGAUGUAACAAAGGAUACACUGAAAGGUUCUGAGAGAGAGAUUUGUUUUUCCCUUUGAACUGAGGAUAGUGCCCUGCCCGUGUUGUACAAAGAGUCUGGGCAAUUUUCUUCUGCUACAGAGUUGUAGUUCCAGAUAUGGUACUUCUAAACUCUACGCUUUUAGGUUUCUCUGAGGCCCAAGAGAUCAAACUGCCAUCUUCAGGCCUUAUUCUUACAGCCCAGCUCGGACAAUGCACAGCGCCAAGCCAAGCCCUUAUGAAUCUGUGUGUCUGCAAAGAAGUUGUUUUGUGGAGUUUCUGUGACCUGUCUGUCUCAACCCCCUCUGCCUGUCCCGCUGUUGCUUCAUAUUCGUUUAUCCAUUACAUUCAGGAAAAUGUGUCAUGCUCCCUGAGGGUUUUCAGUAGCAUUUUUAUUGUUUUAAUGCCAGUUCAGUGCACAGGGAAAAAAAUGUCCACUGACAGUUGUGUGUGUUGCUGAUAAUAAAUAUUUCUGGUACUUCUCUUUUCUAUUAGAGAAA